CCAGCUGGAAAAGUCGGUUAAUUGACAGAGGGUAAGCAUGACACUUUUCCGAGACCACGGCUUUUCUGACAUCUUAUCAACAAUGUGUUUACAACGUGCGGCAGGUAUAAAAGCAAGGUGGUCCAAGGCUGGACUCCAGAAGACACAAAGCGAUCUAGAACAAGCACUAAGAAGCAACAAGAGAACUCAGGAGAGUUAUUACUAUACUUUGCAGAAGAGGAGAACUUUGAUUACAGUUACAAGCACUAAGAGAUACUUCGAGCUUCAAUUUGUUUGUAAACACAAGGAAAAGGAUUUCCGUGAUUAUUCAGAGAGUGGAAGCAGUUUUACAGAUUGUGCAUCCAGUUGCAGAUAAAAUGGGUCUGAAAACUUGUGACAACCAUAACUGCUUUACGAAAAAGAAGUUGCCUGCGCCAGAAAACAUCGACUUCGGCCUGAUGUUUGACGUCGACGGCGUGAUAGCGCGCGGCUCGGCCAUCCUCGAGGCAGCUAAGAAAAUGAUGAAGCUGUUGUACGACGCUAAUGGUCAUAUGAUUGUCCCAACAACCUUUGUGACAAACUCUUGUAGUCCCAGAGCUGACAAAGCAAAGUCCUUGUCUGAAGGAUUGGGUGUCAAAGUCGUUCCCGAGCAGAUCAUAAACGCCCAGGCCCCGCUGUCCAUGUUCAAAGAAUGGCAUGACAAACACAUACUGUUCCUGGGUCAGGGACCCCUCCGAGAGCAAGCUAAAGAAUUGGGUUUUACAAAUGUCUGCACAAUGGACGAUGUUUGCGAGGCUUAUCCACUUUUGGACGUGGUCAACCACGAAAACAGAAAAAGAAUAGCCAGAGAACACCCUUCGGGAAAAACAUUUCCAAGAGUCGAGGCUAUGGUGAUCAUAGGUGAACCAGACCGUUGGGACUGCCACCUUCAGCUGCUCAUCGACCUCUUGAUCACUGACGGUAUGCCAACGCAGCCACCAAAGGCGUUCCCCGAGCACAAUCUUCCCAUCCUGGCCUGCAACAUGGACCUAGUUUUUAUGGCGGAGGCCUGCAUGCCUCGCUACGGCAAUGGCGCGUUCCUGAUCUGUCUGGAAGCUUUAUACAAGAAAAUCACCGGCAGUGAGCUGGAAUAUACCGCACUAAUUGGCAAGCCAAGUGAAAUCACCUACCGCCAUGCAGAGCACGUGCUAGCAACACUGGCCAAAGGUUUGGGCAUCAAGAAACCACUUAGGAAAUUGUACAUGUUUGGUGACAACCCUGAAGUUGACAUCGUGGGCGCCAGCUUGUACGAUAAAUACAUCAAAUGUACACACAGGCUUAGCGACACCAGCAGCAGUAGCAGUAGCAGCGAGUCCAGCGACGAGGAGUCAGAUCACAGUAACAACAACCACCACCACCACCACCACCAUGACUUGCUUGCUCAGGGGAGCAUCGAGGAAGAGGCCAUUCCCGUAAAAUCCCGAAGAAUACCGAAGGGUGUCGAGUUCAGCGAGCAGACGGCAGACGCGUGCGAGGGCAUUCUGGUCGGGACUGGCGUGUACAACCCCACGACCACUGACCUCCGUGAUACUACGAAGCCAAGCUACGGCCACAGGGACAUUGAGAGCGACGUCACAUUAAAACUCCCCGGCCAGUUCUCGCCCGAUGUUUACGAAGGCGUUAAGUUCGUUUUCGAAAAAGAGGGCGUGGCUAUUCCAACUGACAUUACGGGUUGAUUGCUACUUCAACAGACGCUCAAUUAAUUUAUGAAAUUUUGCCCAACGUUCCGCAACAUGUCAUUCCGUCAUUGGUGAGUGACCGAGAAGUACUGGACACGAUGCAGUGGGUGUGGCUAGUGAUGAAAACUGACUUCUGAUUGGUUGAAAAUCAAGACACACCCUUGUUGGACAGAUUUUUUCCGACUGCUCAAACUUGGACGUCGGUUACAAAAGAAAAGUACAUCAAAUGGGUCCACUGCGGUUGCGGCUGGAAAUUGCAAGAUGCUGAUCUCAUUUUGUACGCCAUUUUCACGCAGUAUUAUGAUAGCUUUACAGUAUUUUAUAUUAUAUUUUUGGAUUAUGACAUUGUCUCUGUAAUAUCUUUACGGAAGUCAUAAAUCACAGUAUUUCAAUAGCUUUACAGUAGGCCUGUUUCUGAAUGUAUUAUUAUUUUUUAGAAUUAUGACAUUGUCUCAGUAAGAUUUUGCCUUAGAUCGGAUACGAUCUCUGCCCAGGCGGUUUGGUUGUAUAUGUACGUUCAGUAUUGCACUUUAGACUUCGCGCAUCUGUAGCACGCCAAAGUUGUUGUGUUUCUUGUAUAUAUUUAGACUUAAUUAUGUCACUUUCUCUGGCCUCCAUUGUCGCUGGAUGACAAAAUAUUUCUGUGAGGCAGUUACUAUAAAAUACCUCUUGAGUAUAUUUUAUUGAAGGCUUUUCCACAUUAUUAUGUUGAAGCUUAUUGCAGAGAUUUGUUUAAAACAAGCGUUUACUUGCAUUAUUAGUAACUUAUCCACUGUAUAUAACCUUGUACAUGUGUACAUUCCUUGUUAAUUGUUGAAUAAAAUAUAAUAAAA